AACCGAAACUGAAGAAAAACAAAGGUGGCGUUUCUGGGACGCAAGAACUUAACGUUAAAUGAUAUUAAUAGACAAUUUCACUAAUAAAUAUUCAUACAUGAAAUAUCUAUACCAAAUUAGAGACACCUAGUAUGCCCACAAAGUACAAUGUUUUUUUUAAUAUUUGUUUUCGUAGUUAUGGAAGGAGGAUCUUAUUCACUGAAGUCAUUCGUAUCGGCACAAGAAGAUGCAGAAGUCCUUCUUAACCAGGAGAACAGUCAGUGCAUUCAUUAUAGUGUGUAUGUAAGGAGAAAAUUGGAACUUUCAGGGUAUCAUCGAAAUUUGGUGACAGAACUUCACUGGAACAGUACAGAUCUUCAUGAAGAUGAUGUUCUGAGUAGAACACAUUUUCUUCUGAUAGAAACAUUUCCAUCGAGUGUAUAUGUUGAUCCCUAUCAGCUUGGGUUUCUCCAGGAGUCUGGGUAUCCUGAGGUGUUUGUGAGUUCAACUGUUGAUGUAGAAAAACCAGCAAGGACUUCUCCUGAACUGAUGGUGUAUGAAUUUAUACCUUUGAACAAAAAUACCAUGAAGAUUCAGAUUCCUGUACACUUCAGAUACCAAACUCCUCAAGACUGUGAGACUCAAGGAUAUUUUGUCAAUGUCACACUUCAUCUUCCUCAAGCAUUCAUCAGGUGGCAGAAGUCUGGAUGGGGAAGAGUGCACUGUUGAAGUUCCAGUUGGCUGUACUGAAGUCAGGCCUUUAGUUGUAGUCGUUACCACGGCAGUCACUGUUAUCGCUGUUUUAUGGAUAGUCUACAGAGUAAUGGCUGUAAAUAAGUCACAUAAGAAAGAUAAUUAACUUUCAAAACUGUAUAUAAUUGUACAGAAAGAGAAUAAAGAUAUUCAUAUUUCA